AAUUGUACUUGAGUUCUCAUGAAUUUCGAGAAAAUCGAAAAUUGCGCGCAUUUGCCUCGCUGGUAUAUUUGUGCAUGUGAAAUGAUAUAUUUUGAAACUGAAGUUGUGGUCACGCUGGAUUCGACAUCUAUGUGAGCUGCUGCUUGCAGAACGUGAAAGCACUAAAAACAACAAAAACAAAACUAUUUUGGUGGUGGCGCAAAAGUAUAUAUGAUCACCAGUCGCGGUGCCGAUUCAAUGAAAAGGGUCGCCAUACCGCUGGACAACUAUAAUGAUGCCGAAGAAGAUGCAGUGCUAAGCCAAAUGUGUAUUGGCCGUACAGCCAACAACAACAACAAUAACAACAAAAACAGCAGUAGGAAUUGCAAUCAUGGCUAUGGUAACUCGACAGCAACAGCAGCAACAACAACAACACCGUCACUGUGGUCGAAAGCACACGAUAUGCAGCACCAACAAUCAGCAUCAACCGCAGCAGCAACAGCAGCAGCCUCCUCCAAUGGGAAUCCCGCGCUGCGCAAUCUAAACAAUGAUAUGACAAAGGGCAUUCAACGCAGGUCGCAUCAAUGCAAGAUGCAAUUCACGGCCAGCGAUCGCGAUGCCAAGCUGCCCAACGAUGAUAUGCGCAUGUCCAAAAUCAUGCGGCGACUGCACAACGAGACGAGUCCAGCUGCCGCCCUCGAACUCUGUGCCAAACUGGAUAUGGCUGUGCGCACACCCCUCAACAUGGGCUACUUGACACGCUCCUUUGAUGCCAUACUCGAUGGCAUGCUGUCGGUGCUCAAGCAGUGUCCGGCGCCUGUGCUCGAGGAGUGCAGCAAGACGCUGGGCUUGAUUGGGUUCAUCAAUCGCAUGGCGUAUCCCAGCUACGAGGAGUUCAUCGUGAAGAAUUAUCGUGCCCAUAAACGAUUGCAGAAGUAUCUAAUUGUUGCGCUGCGCACGACUCUGAGCUGCGACACCAAAUGCGAUCUGCACAUUUAUGCGGAGCAGAUUAUGCUGAUGCUCAAGGAUUUCCUCGAAGGCGCUGAAAGCGUCGACAGCUUCAUGGCGGUCAGCUCAUGCAUUGUGGAAUUCUCGCACAUCUAUCGCGAUGUUUUCGAGCGUCAUUUCACCGAUGUCGUGGACAUCAUCAUUGGCUGGCAAUUGGAGCUCGGUCAGCCGAAGCAUUUAAAGUCGCAUUGCGCUCAUGUGCUUGAGCAAUUGACACCGUAUUUCAGCAAGCAAUUGGACUUUAGCUACGGUCUGCUAACACAGUUCAUUGAGGACAUCACAACGCUGGAGGCGAGCGAGAGGACAGGCGAACGCAUUGGCGCCUUUGUGCGCUCCUUCAACUCGCUGCUCAAGUGCCUAACGCGCAUGCACAUCACCUGCGAGGCUGUUGUCCUCGACGCUCAGUCGCAUCUGAUGCAGCUGCUGCCGGAAGUGUUGGAAGCGAAGGAAAGCCAAAGCGAUGCGUUGCUCAACAUGAACGAGUUCUUUUGCAUUUGCCUGCUCAAUGGCUAUGCCACGGGCGAUGUCAGCGCCCUGACGCAAGUGAUACGCCUGGAGUUCGAGCAUGUGCAGCAACUGCCGCAGCCGGAACAACUCAGCUGCUUGUAUUUAUUGCUGUGUGCGGUGCGCAAGUUACGCGCUCGCCUGCCUGCUGAGCUGGUGCAGCUGAUCUUUCAAUCGCACUGCGAAUUCUUUGCCAGCAUACGACUGCAGAGCUCUGGAGCGGCACACAAACUGCUGUUGCGCACGUGCCAGGAGACGCUGUUGAUUAGGAACGUGCCGUUGCUGCAGCAGGCUUACAAACAGCUCGUCCACGAUAUUGACAACUGUGUGCGGCAACUGGCCAACGACAACGAGGAGAAGGAGAAGGAGAAGGUGGAGGAGGAGGAUUCCCAGCAGCGCGAACAUGUUAUCGAGCAAGCGGGUCGCCUGCUCAUCUUUCAUUUAUCGGCGCUAGCCGCGCUGGCCAAGCAAACGUCCUCCAUCAUUGGCAUGUAUGCGUGCAAGCCGUCGAUACUCGAGCUGCUGAUCAGCAAUUGUCGCGCCGCCGAACUCCAGCUGUGGUCCCAGCAUGCGGCCACGCAUCAUGCGCUGCUCGGCUUGCUUGUGGUCCACUGUCAAGCGAAUCACAAUUUUCGCAACAACUCGAGUCUGCUGCGCGAACAGGAGAACAACAACAGCGAAUCGCCAACGGCGCACAGCUUCGGUCACAUUCUGAAGUUCCUCGCUCAAACGCUAAUGCAAGCGGCCGCAUUGUCGCUGCUCAAUCUGCAGUUGCUGCUCAACUGGACCAAAUCGCUGUUGCACGAAUGCAGCGGCCGCUGUUCGUUGUUGCUGCAGCAUGCGGAUUUUCGCGGCAUCUGCGAAUGCAUUGCGGUCAUGGCUGCAAAGUGUGCGCCGCUCGAGAGUGCCGCCUGCAUGCAAGUGGUGUUGGGCUAUGGCAGCGACCAGUUGAGUCCGCGACUGUUGCAGCUGUAUCGUGAGACGGCGCUGCAGCAGCUGCAAUCGUUGUGCCCCCAAGCGCAUGCGGCUUUCGCGCAGAUCUACGCCCAGCUACCGCUGAGCUUGAGCAUCGCGCGACGUCCGACGCUGGGCAUUGGCUGCAGUCCGGUCUGUGUGUGGCAGCAGCGUUUGACCGUUUGCAGCGCUGUGCGCGACAAUGUCUUCAGGGAUUUUGUGGCCCAACUGCAGGCGCCGCAGCAUCAAUUGUUUGCGGAGACGUUGCGUGGACUCUUCACACGCAGCUGGCAGGUGACCGCACUCGAUGAGCGACAGGAGAAGUUGUCGCUGUGCACGCGGGAGAAGUUGUCACAGUGCACGCGACGUUGCCAACGGUUGACUGCCGCCUGGUUGCAGUACGAGGCGGCUCGCUAUUGUGUCGAUCAAAAGCUGCGGACGACUCUCGGCAAGCCGCAGGACACAUUUCUGGCCUUCGAGGCGAUUGUCAUGCGCUAUGCGCGUCUCUUGAGCGGUUGCGCAAAGGAAGCCGAACGUCUCGCUCAAGACGAACUGUCGCUGGAGCAACUGAGCAAUACACGUGCCAAUCUGAAUAUGCUUCUCGGAUUUCUCGAUGCGCUGGAGAAGCUCAUCUACAAUGCGGCCGAGGGCAGCGCGUUUGCAUUGCGGCAGCCGGAGAAACCAGUGAGCGCAUUCUUUCGCCUCAACAAUCCGACGUGUCAGUCGUGGUUCAAUCGCAUUCGCAUCGGCGUCGUCAUCAUUGCCAUGCACAGCCAACAGCCGGAGCUCGUCAUACGCUACGCCCAGCAAAUACUGCAGACUCAAAAGGCACAGGACUGCAGCUACAGUCAGGCGAUUGUCUAUCUGGCCUGGGCCUUCCUCAGGUGCCGCGAAGCGGACUCGCUGCGUGGCCUAAACAUCUGGGCGCGCGCCAAGAGUGACAAAUGCUAUCAGUGGCUGCAGCAUGCCGCCGAACAGGCAGCCGGACGCAAGGAAGCGGCCAUCGCGGGCUAUCGCAGUGUGCUCGCCGUUGAGGAGCUGCACGCAGAACUCGAGCCGCACACGCGACAAUUUGUGCAGGCGCAGCUGAUCGAGUGUUUGCAGAGCACUGGUCAGUGGACGGCGCUGCUGGAGCUGCGCUCGCAAUUGAAGCGCAGCGAGGAGCAAUUGAAUCCAUUUCUGCAGAAGAGCAGCGUGCAGAUGAGCAGCCUGGAGCAGCUGCUGGCGAAGAGCACAGCGAGCAGCGACGAACUAAACGCAGCGCUGCACAAGCUGAGCCUCUGGAGUGAUGCGAAUGCGCAGACGGAGCACGCCAGCUUCUCGGCGUGCUAUGUGCACGAGAAGCUCGAGAAUCUGCUGCUGCAGCAGGCGAUGCUACAAACGCAGUUCACCACCCCAAUGCAACAGCUGUUGGACAUGAAUUGGCGCGAGUCGUUGCUCAACUCCAGCUGCGAUCAGCAGCAAUGGCAACAGCUCACGCUGCUCAAGCACAUUGCACAGCAGCUGAGGAGCGUCCAGUCGGAGCAAUCGCAACUCUGUCUGCUGCCGCGCAGCUUGAAUCGGGAGAGCAAGGACAACAGCAAGGAUUGCGGCAUGAUCAGAAGCAGUUUGCUGGUGCGCUGCGUCGCCUGGACGCAGCUGUUGAGGCGUCACUGCAGCCUCGAGAGUCUUGGGGAGUUGUACUUGGACACGGCGUCGCUGGCACGCGAGGAGGGCAAUCAGCAGACGUGCCAGGCCAUGCUGGAGCUGUACUUUGGCCAGCCGCUGAAGCAGAUGGCGCGCCAGCUGAUCGAGCAGCGACACGAACUCGACACGACGACGAGCGGCGUGCAAUUGCUGCGCGGCUACAGCGAGCUAACCAAGUGUCUGCAUCUGCAGCAACAGCACCAGCUGCAGUGCAGCGAACUGAGCUCCAUCAAUGUGUGCGCCGCCCUCUGUUUGGCCAUCCAAAAGCAACCCACAUCGGGCAGCAUUGGAGCCGAGCUGUUGCUCACUCUCUCCGACUGGAUAACGGCGCGCAGCUGCAGCGGAUUGGCCACCAAUUUAUCACCCACGCUGCAACAGCUGCUGGAGCAACUGCCCGAGUGUCCGCUCACCGGCAGCAGCAGCCAGCAGACACAACAACCGAUGAGUUUGCCGCAUGGCGAACGUCUUGUGGCGCGUCUACUGAAUGCGAGCUUGCAACAGCAGCCGGACAGCGAGGAGGCGUUGAUUGCGUAUGGCAAUUGGUGCUAUCGAUGGGGCAAAAAGAUUGUCGACAGCGGAUCUGUGCUCACCCAGGCGGAUAUCCAAGCGAUUGGUGAAGCUCUCGGUGGCAAGAUGCCCGCAAUGGAUGGCGAACAGUUGCAGGAACUGUUGCAGGCCCUGCGCCUGGAACACCAACAGGAGGUCGCAAGCGAUGUGGAGUUGCCGCCGCUGGCGGACGCUCAAUGCGAACAGCGUUUGCGACGUCUCAGCCUGUUGGCCGACAAGCCAGCGAGCGUGCUGGAGGCGAUAAUGCGCAUCUGGCGACGCGCCAUCGCCAAUACCUUUGACUACUACAAGCAGGCGGCGCGUGCGUACUUCCAUUACCUCAGCCUCAAGGCGGGCGACGAGCAGCAGCAGCAGCUGGCGAACGGACAACGUUUCCAUGUGGACGACAGCAAUAUGGUGACAACGACGCUGCGACUCUUGCGUCUCAUUGUGAAGCAUGCGAGCGGCUUGCAAGACGUCCUCGAGCAGGGACUGAAAACGACCCCGAUUGGUCCCUGGAAGGUGAUAAUACCGCAGCUCUUCAGUCGCCUCAAUCACCACGAACCGUAUGUGCGCAAGAGUGUCUGUGCGCUGUUGUGUCGCCUCGCCGAGAGUUGCCCCCAACUGGUCACGUUUCCCGCUGUGGUCGGUGCCAAUCGAGAGCUGCAGGCGAAACCCCUGAACGCGGACGCCCCGAUGGCCACGGAGAUCACAUCGAUCAUGGCGGACAACAGCAGCUGUUGCGCCUGUCUGCUGGGCGCGCUGUCCAAGCAGGCGCCCGAGGUGGUGCAGCAUGUGCAGCUGCUGGUGCGCGAAUUGCGUCGCGUCUGUCUGCUGUGGGAUGAGUAUUGGAUCCAUUCGUUGGCGCACAUCUACAACACCUAUGUGGGACGCGUGACGGCGUUGGCCAGCGAAUUUAAGCCCGACGAUCAUGAGGGUAAACAGAACCGUUUCAAUAGCUGGCGACCACAGUUGCUCAACGAUCUGGAGGCCCUGAUGGCGUUCACGGCACGCGACGCUGAAACGAGCUACGAGCGCAGCUUCAAGCGACGUUUCGAUGCACCCAUCGCGGCGACGCUCGAAGCUCUGCGUCAUCGGCCGUAUCCGGAGGCGUGGGAUAAACUUAAGCAGCUGUAUCAUGUGCUGCAGCUGAAUAUGCUGCGCGGCACGAGCAACAUGCUCAAGAUGCAGACCAUCAGUCCGGUGCUCUGCGACAUUGGACGCAUGCGCAUCUCGAUGCCGGGUCUGGAUGCGCACGAUGAGCAGCAGCCGGUGUACAUUGAGAGCGUGGAGAGUACCAUCUGCAUACUGCCGACGAAAACGAAGCCGAAGAAGGUCGCCUUUUAUGGCAACAACGGGCAGAAGUACACGUUCCUCUUUAAGGGGCUGGAGGAUCUGCAUCUCGACGAGCGCAUCAUGCAAUUCCUGUCCAUAUCCAAUGCCAUUAUGGCCAGCAAAAAUGACACGCCCAACAGCUGUUAUCGCGCCCAUCAUUACUCCGUCAUACCGCUGGGACCGCAGUCGGGUCUGAUCAGUUGGGUCGAUGGUAUGACGCCGCUCUUUGCGCUGUACAAGAAGUGGCAACAACGCCAGCCACAAACGGCAACGGCUGCCUCGUCACGACGCCUCACCGACCUCUUCUACAACAAGUUGUCGCCGCUGCUGGCCAAGCACAAUAUGCUCGUCACAGAUCCGCGACGUCAAUGGCCAUUGUCCGCAUUGCGUCAAGUGCUGGCUGAACUCAUGCAGGAGACGCCAGCGGAUUUGCUGGCCCGGGAGUUGUGGUGUCAGGCGGGAAGCUCCGCGGAGUGGCGUCAAUCGGUGCGUCGCUAUACCACGUGCAUGGCUGUAAUGUCGGUGAUUGGCUAUGUCAUUGGCUUGGGCGAUCGUCAUCUGGACAAUGUGCUCAUCAAUCUGAACAGCGGCGAUCUCGUCCACAUCGAUUACAAUGUCUGCUUUGAGAAGGGACGCACCUUGCGCAUACCGGAGCGGGUGCCCUUCCGCCUUACCCAGAAUAUGGUGAACGCCUUGGGCAUCACUGGAGUUGAGGGCGCCUUCCGUCUUGGCUGCGAAUAUGUGCUCAAAGUGAUGCGUAAGGAGCGUGAAACGUUGCUCACACUUCUGGAGGCCUUCGUCUAUGAUCCUCUAGUCGAUUGGACUGUCAACGAUGAGGCGAACGCCAUGCGACGUGCCAUCAAUGCCAAACCAUGUGCUUCCGUUUCCACCUCUGCCGUUGGCGGCAAUGAGAUGAAGUGCCUCAAGAAGGAUAAAUCGAAGAACAAACUCCACGAUUGGGAUGCCAAACGACGACACUUUGUCGGAAAACUGAAGCAGUGCCAAAAGUUUUGGUCCAAAUACAAACCUGAAAUGCUGGAGCAUCACGCUGUGAUCGUGGAGGAGAUUGAGCAGCUGCAGCAGAGUCAGAGCCAUCGCCUGGCCACCGAGCAGGAGCUGGUGCAGUUGAAUCGCCGCAGUGCACUGAUCGCCGAGAUCAAGGCCCUGGGCUCAGCGAUGUCCAGUCACAGCUUCAACACGGCAUCGACACGCUACGCCUGCAAGCGCUGUCACACCGAGACGCUGGCGAAGCAGGCGACGUUGCGUCAGCCCGACUACGAGAUGGUGCAACAGAUACUGCAACAUUACGAGCAGUGUUUGCAGCAACAGCAACUCGGCGAGUUCAAUGUGCGGCUGAUACAAUUCAAGCUCGAGGGCAGCAGUCGGCACAGCGAAUACCUGACGCUCCUCGACGUGGUUCAGUUGCACUUACCGGCCAAGAUACUCAGUGGCUACGAUGCGGUGCGCAAUCAGCUCGACGAGCAAUUCAGGCGGCACAACAAUCUGGGACUGCAGUGUGUGGAGCAUAUGCUGCAAUAUGCUGCCAUUAUGGCCUACUAUCCGGAGCAACGGCAUCGCGACAAUGUGUAUGUGCGAUUCCACGACACUUAUGCCGGUUAUCUGCAGCACGCGGACAUCAACGGCCUCCUCUCGAGCUCCGGCUGCAGCGGCAUCAGUGCGACAAACACGUUGAAUGCGGCCGAGACACUCGAGAAUGUGUGGAUGGAGUUGAAUUGCCAGCUGCAUCAGUUGACUCAACACUAUGCCAACGAACAGGCCGUGGCCCAAACGCAGACACCAUCGCAUACGCUGAUCGCUGCCCUGGGGCAGAGCAACUGCAGCGCAUCGCUGCUGAGUGCGGCACUCAUUCGCACCCUCGAAGGUGCCACAGCGGUGUUCAACGAGUACGAACAAACGGCGUUGGCCACACACGGCAUCGGCAUCGGGAGCAACAGCAACAGCAACAAUUUGGUGCAACAGCAACUGCAGUUCGUGCAACUCGUGCGCUCCAUGUGCCGAGUGGUGGUUGGGGCUGAACCUCCGGGACUGGAGCAGGCCAACGAUCAGCUCAGCGAUUUGGAGGCGGCCCUCAGCGCUGUCGUUCAGCUGCAGCAUUGCUUUGAGCACGAUCUGCCCACGAGCAUCUUUCGAUUGCUGCUGCUCAACUCGAACAUGGAUCAUCUGCAGACGUUGCUCCAUCUAAAUGCCGAGUCUUUGGCCGAACGCUACAAUCAACAGAUCGUGCAGGAACAACAGCCAACAACAACGUUGAGUGUGGAGCAACAGUUUCUCCUCUCGCUGCGUUCGGCUCAUGCGUGUUUCCAGCAGCUCGCUAGAGCUCUGGAGCGUAUUACACGCACCAUCAAACUCAUCGUGGACGAGUUGCAGGACGAGCAGACACAACAGUGCAUGGAGCUCAACAUACUGAAGAACGGCAGCACGUUGUGCGAGAGUCUCUUCUUCGACCUGGUGCUGCACACGCUGCGUGUGAGCAAGUGCUACGACGUUAGGGUGAUGGCACGUCCAGUGCUCGGUUUUGUGCAGCGCCUCGAGACGGAGUUCCUUGUGGGAUUGGUCUCGCCCAUAGCGUACGCUUAUUACACGAGCUGCACAGCGGGCAGCGGAGGAGCACGCUGCCAGGAUCUGUGCGACAACGAGGAUGUGAGUCAGCUGUGCGAUGGCAUCUUUGCGGCACUCCAGGCGGAGGCGACGCUGCGGCAGCAACAGAUCGACAUUGCGUUCCUCAACCAGAAGAUCGAGACACAAACGCUGAUUGCGUCCGCCUAUCAUUGGGCCUACGGUGAACUGCUCGAUGCUGAGAUGAAUUGCAGUCACAUCAUUAGCCGGCAAAAGCUGUGCGAAGCCAUCUACGAGAACUGGCAGACGCUGGAGCAGAGCUCGGCGUUGAUGCAUCUGUUGCAGUGUCAGUUGCAAUCACAGUUGGAUCAGCUGCAGCAACAGCGCAGCAACUGGAAUCGCAAUCACAUCGAUAGUUUGCUGCGCAACCAAAAGUUGCAGCAUCAACUGACCAACGAUCAACUGCAGCUAAUCUCGGAGCUGGGCAAGUGCGCUAGCGCUUUGUGCACCAUGGAACAGACUGGGAAAUUGACCAAGGAGCAGCAGAAGCAGAUGCUCCACAACAUGGAGCAAUGGCUGCAGGCCAACAGCAAGUGGCAGGUGAGCAACGCCCGCAUCAGCGCUGUCGAACAGGCCAUCGUUCAGCUGCUCGAUCCCGAGGGUCCCAUCGACAAGUGUUGGCUGGCGAAUGUGCAGGGACUGCUCGAGGAUUACACAUGCAAGGUGCAGCGGGACAUGCAGGAGCUGGAGUGCGAACAGCAGACGCGUCAUCGCUUCAUCUGCGCCAGUCUCAAGGAUAUGCAGCGCCAUCAGGAUAACAUGCCGCGCGUCUACUUGCGCAGCCUGUGCUCCGAGGAUGAUCAGCUGAUGCAGCCGCAGCAGCAACAGCAACAGCAGGCGGCGGGCAAACUAGUUCCACUCGAUGUGCAACUGCUGUCGGGCCAUGUGCGUGACGCUCAGCGCACGCUGAUGAACUUCUUCCAGCGGCUGCUCGAGCUGCGCAAGGAGCUGAGCAGCGAGCGUCGGGGUGUUUUGAAUGCCGAGACACUCGGCAAAUGGCGGACGCAGCUGCAGGAGAUUCAGACGAUGGCCAACGACGAGGUGGAUGAGUUCUUCCGCAGUGUCGAAGUGUUUCUGCAGCAUUCGGCCGAUGGCGAUUCGCUGCCCUACGAAACGUUUGCGCACAACAAAGGUGCUCCCAAUCUGCACGAGCAGAAGCGCAAUGCAUAUGGCGUCUCGGUGUGGAAGAAGAUACGCAUGAAGCUGGAGGGACGCGAUCCGGAUAGCAAUCAACGAUGCACGGUUACCGAGCAGGUCGACUACGUGAUACGCGAGGCAACCAAUCCGGACAAUCUGGCCGUGCUCUACGAGGGCUGGACGCCGUGGGUGUAAACCAGGCCACAACCCGCAGACAAGGUGCCAUCGAAAAGUGGCACAUUGGCAACCAGCAGCAGCAGCAACCAGCAACCUGCAACCAGCAAUGGCAACGCAAUUUGCACACACGCUGCAAAUUCGCAUUCUGCAAAUUCGCAAUUAUUAUUGGGGCUGAGACGAGUUACGAUGGAUCGCGACUGGCAGAACUUGGACCUUGGAGCCCGGAACUCUUGGUGUCCUGGUGCUGGCCGUGGGUAAUUGGAUUUGCAAAUCCAAAUUGCAAUCCUUCUGCCUGUAUUUCCAACUCCAACCGACCCCGACAAAAGCAUAAUUGAUGUAAAGAUGACGAAGAAGA